AUGCUGUACACUUUAUUGAUUCCGACGAUUACUUCCGCGAGAACGAAACGGCAGCCUGAGAGUUUACUGAAGCAACACGCGACGAAUUUUUCUCGUAAACUUGGAUCGAAACUCGCGACGAAAAAAGUAAAGUCAGCGCUUGCGUCCAACACGUACAAGCUGGAAAACAGUGAAACCAUCGAAGCCUCAAUCGCCGGACAUUUCGCGUAUCUGCACGGGGUUCUCCAAAAUAUGGAAGCAAAAUUGAUGAGCCAGCUGCACGAGCAAAGUAACUGCCUGAAGAAUAAUUUAGAGAACCUCGACUUGCAGCUUCGAACGCAGGAGGAAAGAUUGAAACUGACAUUGCAGAUAGCCUCCUGCGCGAGACAAAUUUUCCACAAGGUGGACAUACGGAACGCGAUCAACAUCCUGAAGGAGAUGAUAGAUCUCCCUUGUCAUCUGAUGUACAAGGACGAGGGCCAGCAGCAAAAUGCAACAUUUACCAUCGACAACAAUGUCGUCGCAGCCAUUGAAGAUCAUUGUUCACUCGAAGUGACAUCAAUGUCGCCCUACAAUCUCGUGCGAACAGACGAGCUACCGAAGAAUUACAUACAAUCGCCUCUAUCGAAGAAACUACGUUCAUUGGUCUUUGACGAAGUGCCAUCAAUGCCACUGGCGGUAAAGCCAAGUAAUGUACUACCGGCAGUACAAUUAAAUGAUGAACCAUCAACGACAACCACCAAGAUGAGAGAUAACGGGCAGAGAAGUCCCUUCCUCUUUAAAGGCGUUUCCGAGUGCAGAGUGGAGGUGACACACGUUGUCAAUCCGUCAUUGUUCUUCGUCCGAAAACUAGCCACGGAGUUCCCGCAAUUGCAGGAAGACCUAACGGCAUACGGAAACGACCAGGAGCAGAACGACCCGAAUGCAUCCGAUACGAAUUUUAAACAAGGUGACAUAUGUAUCGUCAAACAACGGAAGAGCAACGCGUGGUAUCGAGGACAGGUGAACGGGACAAAAACAACCGACGGCGUAACAUUGUACAAUGUGACGUACAUAGACUACGGCUUCGAGGAGUUUAACAUAGCGACCACGAGGAUUCGAGAGGUCAGUGAGGAUCUGCGAAAAGUGCCACCGCAAGCGAUUCGGUGCGGCUUACACGGCGUGGUGCCCAAAAAUCUUUUCUGGACGAAGGCGAGUACGAGCGACUUCUUAAAGCUGAUCAAAGAAAGCAAUUGUACGAUGUCUGUCAUCAAGUCCACUCCUGACAUCCAGUACGUCGAUCUCUGCAUUUUCCCGAACGGUAACAUGGGUCCGCAGUCGAUGUGUACCGCUAUGAAAAUUAUGGAUUACGCGCGUUUAGACAUUAAAAGCCCGAAGAAGCAAACGUUGAAAAUGAACGUUUAUAAUAAAGAAGAACUUUCGUUAAAUAAGAUGACGACAGUUAACAUUGGCUGGAUUGAUUCACCGGACAAAAUUUAUGUUUUAAAGGUUACGCAAACAAAUGCGUUUUUGAAAUUUAGGAAUGAAUUUAAUAAGUAUUUCAAAACAGAGACUUCAGCAAGAGUAAUUGAGACACCACAGAAAGGUUUACCGUGCGCCGCACAGUUGGAAGACGAACUGUGGCAUCGCGGCGAGAUUAUUGAAAUAAUAAAUGAAAAUCAAGUUCGAGUAUUUUUCGUUGACUGGGGUUGUACCUUGUGUCUAGAUAGCGACAUGUUACGAGCGAUUCCGUAUGAAUACACCGUAUUUAAGGCACAAGCCAUAAGGGUAGCAUUGUUGUACAUAAUGUCUGAACCUGAUGGAAGCUGGAAACCUGAAGUUCUUUCAGCUUUGCUGAAACUUUUCAAUAAUGCAAAAUGUAUCCUGGUGGAUCCUCGAAUAAAACAAGAGGACAAGUACAUGGCAUGUGUUUUCAGCGAUAAUAUCAACGUCAGCCGUCAUUUAAAACUCGCGGGCAUUGUUAACGAUUUUACGUUAUACGAUUGCAAGUCAUUUAGCAAAUUUAAGAACAGACCAAAAAGAAAAUUAGCACCUGUUAAAUGUACUUCUCCAGUGGAGAAAUCCGAUAAGACUGUCAAAGACUUGUGCAUUUCAUCGAAUGAUACGUCAAUGAAGAAUGAUAAAUCGGAGAGGGACGAGACGCCUAAAGAUCCGUUCAAGGUGGAAGUGCGUAUUCAACGGGUGGAGACGCCGGACAUUAUUUACGUCGCGCAGACGGAAAAUGAAAUAUCGAACACGAAAAUGAUGUCAGCGAUGCAAAACUUCUACAACAGCUACGUCUCCGAGCCACACGAUAAUUGGAGCGAAGGCGCAGUGUGCACCGUGUAUUCCGCAAAGGACAAGUCCUACUUCCGCGCAAUGAUAUUGAAGAUUAAGUCCCCGACAGAGGCGCUGGUCUAUUUCUACGACAUGGGUAUCGAGGAGACAGUAUUGAUGAAGGACAUACAAGUCCUCCAUUCGAAAUUCGCCAAGGAAAUGACGCACUGCUUCAAGGUGAAGCUGGCCGGUAUUUUGCCGUGCGGCGGAUCAUCCACGUGGCCGUCAUUAUCCUGCACAACGCUGUGCGAGAUUGUACGAGACAAUGCAAACUGCAAAUUUUACAUCACUAAGCCGGUUCAGGAAGAAUUUUGCAACAACGUGAUACCUGUCGAGCUUUGGGUAAGGCAGUUGAAGAUACCAGGACCAUUGGCACCGGCCGUAAUAGAGAUCAAUUCUAUCAAUCGAAUGCUGGUGGAAAAGGGCGUCGCCUUACCUAUUAAAAAUUACUUUGCAAAAGCAGACUCGAUUCUCGCUGCGGAAUUUAAGCAGCAGUUGGAGAGCAGUUGUUUGUUCGUGCCGUCCGAAGAAAAUGUGAAGUGGAUUAACAAACUGACGCACGAGAAUGAAAUGGAUGAUACGUUGGUGUCACAACAUAGUAAUCAGUCGGAUUGCAAUUCCACUACAGGCGCUUCAAAUGCUUCAGGUUUAAAGACCAAAGACGAGGUUUGCGAUUCGACAAAUCGCGAGCACGUAGAGACGUUCUCAGAGUGGUUACCGCCGGUUGAAAUAACGGAGGAAGUAUUUCACGCUAUACCGUCAUACGUGGAUAACAAAUGCGCCGUGUACUUGCAUUCUAAAAAGCACAGUGCCAAUAUACUCAAUUAUAUAGAGACCGAAUUGCAAACUCAUUAUAAGAAAGUUAAAAUUAACAAAGAGAAAAAGUGGAAGGUGGGAGAAAUAUGUAUUGCUAAAUAUCAUUGCAACGGAAAGUGGUACAGGGGUAGAAUUACCUCAACUUCAGAAAAAACAGUGCAGGUGGAAUUUGUCGACUACGGCAAUGUGGAAGACUGCGAGAUAGAUGACGUAACAGAUGACGUUAGACUAGGACAUAUUCCUCUCCAGUGCACGAAAUGCGUCGUCAGCGGAUUAAAACCGGCAUCCUCGGGCUGGAUAUUGCACGAUUUAGACCGCAUACACGCGCUUCUAGUUGAUCGAACAUGUAAAGUGACCGUUUUGCAGCGCCAACCUACAUAUUUAAUCGUAUCGAUAACAUUAUUGCACCCGUGGAAGAACGACUUUCUGUCAUAUCUUAUAAAUCACAUGGAUAUGAAUGUUAAGAUCGAGCGUAAGGAAUGGAAUAAUUCGGACAAUAGCGGGGACGAAGAUGUGAAAUCCUUGGACACUACUAGAGAUGUUGUCGUUGAAGGAGCGAUAAGCGACUCCGAACAACUAUGCAUAACUGAUACUUCCAAGAAAUCUUCAUCGGAAACAAACAUACAGGAUGUCACAUUGAAUGAGGAUGUUACAUUGAACGAGAAUGUUACAUUGAACGAGAAUGUUACAUUUAACGAUAUGAUCAGCGGCAAUUUAGCGGAGGAGACAGAGUUGUUUGCUAAACCGGAAGCCAAGCUGACAUCCGAUACCGAAAGUAUAUCCUCGAUAGACAUCAAUGUUUUGAAUAAGCAUCUGAUCUGUUCAACGCCGCAAUUACAAUCGGACGAAGAAGACAGUUUUCUCACAUACAAACAGUUGAUAAUUCCGCAGGAGACGAAAUACAUUGAAUUAAUAUUAUGUUGCAACAAAGAUCCCAUCACCUUAUUCACACAGUUGGCAGAAAACGACAAUGAGAUGUUCUCUAAGGAGUUUCACAUGUAUUAUCUGCAAUACAUGUCCAUAAUGUCCGAGCUACAAACAGAGACUUUUCACCAACCGUUAAUCACAUCUUUUGCGAAGAAUACUCCAUGCAUUACGAAGUUUGUUGAUGACAUGUGGUAUAGAUGCGUCAUUAAAAAUAGCGAGAAAAUUCCAAAUAGUCAAUACAUGAAGAUUUCACUGUAUUACGUAGAUUAUGGUAAUCAUGAGAAUAGAAUGUUGGACUUAUCCAAUUCUAGUAGCCAUAAUUUACACGUGCCAAAAGAGGAAUGGUUGAAAUUGCCCGCCAUGGCUAUCAAGUGCACACUUUGGGGGUUAAAUUUCGUCUCCAAGGACUUGAAUUUAUUAGCAUCGAAAUUAAGUGAAAUAUAUAAUGAAGCAGUUGUGGCUCGAAUUAAGGAGAUUAACAAUGGAAAUAAUCUGGUUGUGGAAAUAUACAAGGAUAAAACGUGUACAGAGCUUUUUUAUGCUCACUUAAUAGAAGAAGGUUUAUACCAGUUUAAGAAACCCAAGGAGGAUUGAAGAUCAGCAGCAGCUAUU